AUGCUCGAUCCUCUGAUAGCGCUUGGGGCUGUCGCUAAUGUCACUCAGUUUGUCGAGUUCGCCAUCAGGAUAUUGGCAAAGAGUCAUGCCAUCUACAACUCAGCUAACGGUAGUCUUGUUGAAUACGACGACCUAAGCAAAGUCUCUGGAGACGUUUCAAUGCUCUCAAGGAAGCUACAAGAAUCGCUCACCACAACCGCUGCGAGUAGUAGCCUUACCGCGGACGAUCAAGCGCUUUGUGAUCUGUGCAAGGGAUGCAUCGACGUAUCGCAGGAGCUUACAAAGGCUCUUGAGAAGCUCACAGGUCAAGGCAAGCCUGGAAGAUUUCGCAGUUUCCGACAAGCUUUGAAGAGUGUGUGGAGUAAGGAUGACAUCGAUAACCUGGAACGAAGAGUAAAGAUGUACAAAGAAGAGUUGAAUAUUCGCAUAAUCGUGGGUUUACGGAGCAAGAUCGAUGUCGUAGCACUUCAGCAAUCAGAAGGUUAUGCUUCACUUGCUGAUGAGACAAAGUCCGUAGUUCAAUCACUAGCUCAUAUUAGCGACGGGAUACAGAAUGGGUUCGAGCGACAACACGCCAUUCUAGAUACACUUCACUCGCGCAUAGAGACGAACAUAACAGCUCAUGCUAAACAAGACAAAGAAGAACACGAGAAACUAUCUUCUCAAAUAACCAAGCUUUCACAACAAUCCGGUGAUCAGUCUGAUCGAGCUUUAGGUGCACAGAUCGACACCAGGACCGCAAUCGAGACGUCGAUUGAUCAGAAUACCGUAGAGCACUAUAAAACCCGAGAAGAAAUGAAUCGUCUCAAAGAACAAGCGGAAAGACAGAUUGAGGUUCUCACUGAAGAGAUCCGACAGCUCAAGAUUGAGCUUGAAGCUAGUGUCAAAACCAUCGUUGCCAGCCUAGGAACAGCUUCAAAGAAGGAGAAGCAGAAGCUCAAGGACAUAAGUAAUGCCAAAUUCAACCUUUGGGUUGCAAAGGAACUCAUAUUAGAGAAAUUGAAGGCUUUUGUGGCCAUGUUCCGUUUCAAUUUUACAACAGAGAUAUGGCUCAAUACGACGGACAUCAAGUCUUGGAAGCUCAUGCCGUACCCGAAACCUUCAGGAGAGACCUCUGCCGGAACUGUGUUUGCAUCUCGUGGUACAGUAGGCGCUGGUGAGGAAUCAAUGGCAUAUAUUCACGUGGACCUCAACUAUCCCAUUGCGGCAAGGAACGUCCCAAUGGUCAGAAUGUGCCUUGAUCAAGGCGUGGAUGUUAACGCCAAGUUUUCCGAUGGAACGACACCUUUGAUGAAGGCCGUAGCUGCUGCUUACGAAGUCACAAGCUACGACUCAAUUUGGAAAACACCUUGGAUACGUCACGAUGCAAGACAAAUCGUUCAACUGCUGCUUGAUCAUGGAGCAAACAAAAGCACAGAGGCACUAUAUUUGGCAAGGAAUUCACACGUCAGCGGGCGCCAAUCUGAUUGGUUAAUGGAACAACUUCUGGACCCUUCCCCUCAUGCCAACCUUAGCCAAUUCAUCUCUGUUACGGAUGCUGUGUUGGCCGGAGAACAAGAGAAGUUAGAGGACAUGCUUACGCAAGAGCCUGGGAUUUGGCACGCAUUAGAAGUCCAUGGCGUCUCGCCGCUCGGGGCGGCUGUAUGUCGUAAUAAUGAACGCAUGGUCAGCAUGCUCCUCGGCAGAGGAGCUUCACCGAAUGCACUUGAUCCUGUGGGAUCAUCACCACUGGCUAUCGCUGUCGCCUCAAACUUUGAGAAUAUGGCCGAAAUACUUCUGCGAUACGGAGCAAAUAUCUCACUCAAUGAUCCUGUACUUGGACUCACUCCUCUUGAAUAUGCUGCAAGAGAGGGAAAUCAUGGCAUGUGUGGUACUCUGCUUGAAGAUGAGAAACCUCAAAACCCUUACGACAAAAAGGAACUACUCUCGAAACCAUUCGCUCUAGCAUUGAGACAUCUUCGCAUAGAUGUAGUUAUGGUACUUCUGGAACACGGCGCGGAUGUAUUCAUGGAUAUGGAACCAUUCCUACGCCCUGAAGAGAGAACGUGGGUCAGGUUUUCCGGUUCCCGUUUAAGUCCCGAAGACUUCCUGCAGGUAAAUCUCUCUUCAUUUGUAGGUGGAGAUCUCCGAUCAGAUUUGCGUGCAGUCUUGAUGUCGUACGAAAUUCGAGCAAACAAAGGGACAUCUCAAAGAAGUGGCAUGCUGCUGCCUGACGACUCUCACUUGGAAGAUCUUAUCUCAUUUGAAUAG